CAGUUAGGUGUCAGGUCGGUCGACUGUUGUUUUGCUGCCGACCCCGAUGAUGCAAGCAGCAGCAAAGUGUGGUGUUUGACCAAGUGUGUGAGCUGCUAGUGGAGGCGCCAGUGCCGGACGGAGGAAAAUAUUGGGAAAAUUGGGUGCCACCAAAAUGUCGUCCACCAGCGAGCAGCAGCAGCCGCAGCAGCAGCAGCACCAACAGCAGCAGGAGUGUGAGGUGCAGCUGGCGGCCGAGAUCGAGGUGCUGAAGAGUGCACUAGCCAGCAAGCACUCGCAACUGUUGGCCAUGGAGAGUGCCUGCCUGCAGGAGAGUGACCGCCAGGUGGAGCUCGAGGACAGCAUCAUCGCCUGGCAGGACAAGUACGAACGGUUGUACGAGUCGCACAAGCGCGUCCAGAAGCUCAAUCAAAACCUCGAGGACAAGCUGCUAAAGUUGGUCGAUCGGAACUCGGGUGAAAGGGCGCAGCUCACCACCGAUGUGGCCACCCUCAGUGUACGGCUCGCCCAGGCCAACUACAACAUCCAGAGCCUCAAACGAGAGAUUGAUCGCUACAAGACCGACAUCAGCGUCGCGAUUCAGUUGCUACAAUGUAAACCGGACAGCUUCGUCUCGCCAAAACUUUCGUCGCUUCCGAUAGAAAUCCAGUCAAAGGUCGCUACCUACAUGCGGCUCGAGACGAACUCACACUCGGACUCGGAGGGUAGUACGAGCGGUGUUGGCAUGGCUACCACCAACUCCUACCACGUUCUGCCUGCCUCUGACAGCCCGCCGCCCCUCUGUCCCUUCCCUCCGACCGCCAUGGUUUAUUCCAUGCGAGGACUCGGUAAGUGUUAGUAACCGAAAAGGCGGUGUAACCGUUGCAUAGUUCCAGGCCAAGCAAAAGUUCUUCCGUUUAUACCAGCUUUUCCCGUAGUAUGGUUGUGUGUGUAUGUGCGCGCGUGCGAACCGGUUUCUAUGCUCUAGCAUGGCAUGCUGUGCUUUCCGUUGCACAUUUCCAUUGCACUUUAAUUUUCACGUUUCUUUUUUUUAUAUAUACGGCGAGUCCCCGCGAUUUAAUCCACCAAUUUUAUCAUGUUAUCAACUUUCUCCUUCCACGUUACUGCUUCCCCACUUUAAUGCGAGCGAUAAUAAAUUGGAUUUCUUUCGUUGACGUGCUGCUGCAGCUCCCAAUUCACCGCAUUUGGCCCGAGCAACUCCUUGCUUUCUCCUGUUCUCUGCCCUCGAGAGUACAUUAAUUUCCAUUAUCUCCCACUUUUCCUCGUCCCGGAUUACAGUGGCCGAAAGAGUGCCGUUAGCUCGCUUUUUUUAAUACUUUAAAAUUGAUUUCAUUUGCCCGGCUCGCACACCGCAAUGGCGAUCGCCUCAAACAAAACAAUAAUCACUGCAGGCACCGCACAUGGCCGCUCGGUGUCGGAGUGUCCUCGAGGAAGUGGGGUCGCCCCAAACGAAACGAAACUUUGCAUUCAUUACCUUCACACGGACUCCACAGUAUUAAGUAGCAUGCCCCGGCGGCCUGGCUGGCUCCCUACCCUUUCGCGCGAUUAUGCGCUGGAACUUUUUCCAUCAUAGGAAAUGGUGCAAAGUUUGUGUUCUUGGGGGAAAGAAUCGCGUUGAAAGGAGAAAUUUGCUUAGCGAAUUCCCGCGCGCCACAGCUUUCUUUCGCAUUAGCUUCCGUUCUUACACAAGAAAAUAACCCCCGACGGUUCCAUGCUCCCUGGGGAGCCUCUGCGGUUCUGAUAUCGCCAUGCAUAGUUGAUGCAGCGACCACCGCGACCACCGCGUGUGUUUGUUGCAACCUCGCUCCUUUUCCGUCUCUAGCUGCCUUGGUAGAGCUGCAAGGCGACGCCGCGCCGCACUGCUUCACAGAGGCACAAAAAUUAUGCACCCUGUACACUUAGCCUUACCAACUUUCUUUUAGUAUUUUUUAUUUAGUUUGUAGUGCCUUAGUUUUAGUAAUUAGAGCGUUUGCACCACGCAGGCUAGGUGCCACCAGCAAAAGGUUGUAAAAUGGUAUGCUUAGCAAGUAAGACUCAUUAGCUCUAGUGGUAGGAGUAACGCAUGAGAAAGGACACCGCAUGUGUACGUGCACACGUAAGAGUUCAACGCUUCGCAUUCUAACGUUAAUUAGGUCGCUGCACGGUACAUCGCUCUCUAUCGUUGCUCCAUCGAUGCAUCGCUCACCUGUGGGUUUCCUGCUGCUACUGCUACCAUCCUGGGAACGAGGAUAUCCUUCCUUGAUAACCUCGUUAACGAGCUGCCUAGUGGGCAGGUCCAAUACCGAGCACGGAACCGAUGGAAAGAUUUAUUCUCCAAUUUGAACCGUUUCGCUCGUUAAGUGAUUAAUGUGCUUGUUGACUUUCGAGCUCUUCGAGGAUUUCUGUUGCUAUCAAACGGCGGCAAGCAGAAUGUUCAUUUCUCGCAGACGGCGAGUGUUUUGAUCAACAAGGAUUACUGCUAAUGGGGUUCUUCAGCCUCCAGUUCCCCUACCGCUGGAUUCGAUCUCAUACUCUAGAAGGAUAAACAGGCACACGAUCCAUGGUCCAUGGUACCUGCCACCGGAUGGAUACAUUCCCGUCCGUGCGGACUUGCUGUCGUAAUGCACGGAUAAUCAAAUGGAAUGGAUGAGUGAAUAUCAUUUACCCAUUAGCAUAAUUUCGUUUUAAUCGAACCGAACACUGGGCUGCUGCUGCUGCGGCUAAAGCUGAAGCGGAUUUGUUUGGCUUUCCCGAAAGGAACCCCUAGACCCUGUGUUUACUCAUGACGCAGCGAACCCUGGACAGUCCGAUGGAAGUUGGCAAAAGACAAACAAACCUCGAGUUCAAACCAAAACCCCUUUCUGGUUACUCUACUCUCUACGGCCGAUCGAUGAAAGAUUAUGCAAAAUGCUUCCGGUGUGCUUCAUAUGCCAGAUAGGCCAUGGACUCAGCUCGUAAUCACUCUAUUGCCAACGUACAGCAGCCUCACUCGACCGUCGGGAGUCUCAAGAAUGUUUGGUGAAAGACGCUUGGUGCUUCCCGGUGACGAUGAGGUGAAGGCUGUAUAAAUUAUGUCCGGUGCAGUUUUCCUCUAUCAUCUCUCGUCUCUUGGCGCGUCCGGGACACUGUGGGGGAAUGUGAAGACAUGGAUGUCCGCGCGGAUUCGAGCUGGAUUAUUUAUUUAACUCCAACACAACCGCCGUUGCACCCCGCGUUACGGCCACGUGAGCUGGGUGUGCAAAAUGUGUCUCGUGACGAGCCACGGGGUUUAAUUUAUGUUGCGCCGGUAAAUGAAAUGCGCUCCCGGACCACCGGCAUUACCAUAAACGUUCCGCACCCACAAAACCGUCGACCGUGCUGUGCCGUGGUGGUCGCCAUGAACUUCGCCAGGACAUAAUGUAUGGUGUGUGGGGGUGUGUGUGUGUGUGUGUGUGUGUGUGUGUGUG